AUGCCCAGCCGCAAACCUGGCACGGAGAUCCGCGGGCACUGGACCGACGGCGAGACGUGGGCUCUCGUCGACGCGUGGGGCCCGCUCUACCUGCGCCGCGGCGGACGCUCCCUCUCCGUCGACGACUGGCGCGUCGUGUCCAGCGCCGUCAACGCGCACCGCGCCGCCGCCGGGUGCACCCUGAAGGACCAGUACAAGAAGGAGCUCUACAAGCAGGGGCCGUCGCGGUGGCGCCACUUCUCCCAGCUCAGUGCCUUCCUCGCCAGCCCCGACGCCCCGCCUCCAGGCUUCUCCGCCAAGGUCACGCCGGCUACGACGACCGUGAAGAAGGAGAAGGAGGAAGAAGAGAAAGAGGAGGUCGGCCCGCCUCCCGGCUUCCUUUACAAGAUGGCGGCAGCGACCGUGAAGGAGGAGGAACAGGAGGUGGUGGGAUGUGGGUGUGAGUUGGUUGGGAGAAAGAGGCCAAGGAAUUUGGCCGCGGGGGAGGGUGGUUGUCAGUGUCCGGCGGCGGUGGUGACGAAGUUGGCGGAGGUGUACGAGCGCGUGGCGAUGGCGGCGCUCGGCGUCGAGAAGGAGAAGAUGGAGAUGCAGAGGAAGAACCUGGGAGCCGUCAAGGUCGAGAUUAUGGAAGAAGUCGACGACAAGCCGGCGGAGUAG